AUGGGCCGAAGCCAUCGUCUUGGUGGCUUCCUGGGUGUUGUUUGCAAGGAUAAAAGAGCCACCCAGCGGCAUGUCCCGAGGUCCCUAGCCUCCAGCCCCACCUCGUCUACCAUCCAAACUUCCACAAUCCUUAGACUUAAAUAUUUAUCUCAGCCCCACUCCUUUAGUACAGACCGUACCGCCGCCAACAUGAUGCUCAAAGCUGCCUGGAUUCUUGUGGCCUCCCUUUUCAUCGGCAAGUCCGCUGAGCUUGCCGUCCCAUACACCAAGCAAGACCCAUCUUCGUACGACCAAUACCGGCCGGGCGGCAAGCCAGGCCCUAUCCCCUGGUCAGGACAGCCCGGAAGCGACUCGAGCUCCCAAAACGGCACUGUCCAAGAUGCCGCCAGGAAGCAGGGUACUCCGGAUGAGACGGCCGAGGAGCCAUACAAGAAGGGGUCGUACGGGUCCUACCAGCCCCAGCCGGCCAAGAAGUGGGCCGGCGACGGGAGCGAUCUCGAGGGCAAGCCGGGCGCCGAAGACUCGGGCGCCUCCGGGGCCUGGUAUCCCGCGCCCCAGAACGGGACGGUCGCGAGUGCCGAGAAGAAGCAGCCCGGAUCCUCGCAAUCCGUACAACGCCACCUCGCGCGGCUGGAACGGCACGGGAUGUACGCCGCUCCUGUGUUCUCCUCGCUGAACGCCCUGCCCUCCGCUGACAUGCCUCCGUUCCUCGGGCCGCGCUGCGCAGCCUCGGCCACGAGCCGCCCGGGAGAGAAGCUCGAGGACCCGUCCAAGCAGCCGUACUCUGAGGCCCCGGGGCCGCCGGUCGACGGCGACGCCCAGUCGCCUACCUCCAAGGGCCCGUUCGGCCACAACGACGACUCGCACAAGCUCCCUCAGCCCAUCUACCAUCCCGUCUCCUCUCCCAAGCCCACUUACCCCGACUCCGCCCGCCGGGUAAGCACCAGCCGCGGCCACGAGGCCUUGCGUUUGAGCGCUGGCGAGGCUGGGGUGGCCCCGGGGAGUCCUCGAGCCCGACCGGGGCGGGCAGACCUUUCGCUCGCGGGAUCCCAGCUCAGCGACAUCCGCUCCGCCGCGAACCGCAUGGCCGCCCCCACACGCCGACCGCGCAGACACCUCCCGGCGCACAUCACCACCGCCCCCGCCCGCCCCGGCCCACCCGCCCCCUGCUCGGCGCCGCCCGCGCUCGACCGGCUCCCCCGCCCGGCCGGCCCGCGCUGGGCCUUCAGCCCCACCGCACUCACCGUCGCCGUCCCCGCCCAGGCCUCGCCCAUGCUGCCCGCACGCCCCGCGACCGCCCGCUGGGCCGCCCCCGAGUUCCUCCUCUACUGCGCCGUCCUCGCCGCCGCCCUCCUCGCCAUCGUCCAUGCCGCCCUCCGCCUCUCCUCCCCCGCACACCCCAACUACGCCCGCUUCCAGCACAGACUGUCGCCCGGCUGGAUCCGCGGCCGCAUGGUCGACAACUCGGACAUGCAGUACCGCCGCUUCCGGCUCGGGCUGCCCAAGCUGGUCCUGCUCGCGACCGCGUAUCUGUGUCUGUGGCCGCUCGUCCGCCGUCUGGGCGCCCGCCGCAAGGACGUCCAGACCGUCGCCGCCGCGGCCAUCCUGGCCGCCCUGCACGGCGCAUCCGCCGCCAAGAUCCUCGCCCUCCUGGCGCUCAACUUCCGCCUCGCCCGGCUGCCCCUGAAGCCCCGGGCCGCCAGCGCGCUCGUCUGGACGGCCAACCUUGCCGUGCUGUUCGCGAACGACUACUGGGACGGCUACCGCUUCGCCGCCCUCGCCCCCGCCCUCGCCGUCCUCGACGAGCCGCCGUUCAAGGGCCUCAUCCCCCGCUGGCAGAUCGGCUUCAACAUCUCCUCCCUGCGCCUGAUCUCGUACGCCCUGGACUACCAAUGGGCCGCCCAAGAGGGCUUCGCCGCCGCCCCCACCGACGCGGAGCCCGAGGCCGAAAAAGAACGCGUCCGGGCCGCCCGGAGCGCCGCAGAGUACGACUUCCAGCAAUACUUCAACUACGUGUGCUACCCGCCGCUGUACAUCGCCGGCCCGAUCCUGACGUUCAACAACUACGUCUCCCAGCGGCCCCGGACGAUCACCGCGCCGGCCGUCCUCGGAUACACCGUGCGCUUCCUCGUGUGUCUGGCCGUCCUCGAAUGCAUCCUGCAUUACAUGUACGUCGUGGCCAUCAAGGACAGCCAAGGGUGGCAGGGCGACUCGCCGCUCGAGCUGGGCGUGAUCGGCUACUGGAACCUGAUCAUCAUCUGGCUCAAGCUGCUGAUUCCGUGGCGCUUCUUCCGCCUCUGGGCGCUCCUCGACGGCAUCGACCCGCCGGAGAACAUGAUCCGGUGCAUGUCGAACAACUUCUCGACGCUCGAGUUCUGGCGCAGCUGGCACCGGAGCUACAACCUGUGGAUCGUCCGAUACCUGUAUGUGCCGGUGGGCGGCGCGCGGAACAUGGUCCCCGCGACCGUGCUGGUGUUCACGUUCGUGGCGCUGUGGCACGACCUGUCGCUGAAGCUGCUGACGUGGGGGUGGCUGGUGAGCCUGUUCGUGCUCCCGGAAGUCCUGGCCAAGCGCGUCUUCGCCGCCCACCCCUGGCGCGAGCGGCCCUGGUUCAGACACCUCGUGGCGCUCGGCGGCGCCGCCAACGUGCUCUCCAUGAUGAGCGCCAACCUCGUCGGCUUCUCCAUCGGCGUCGCGGGCGUGCAGAUGAUGUGGCGCGAGCUGCUCGGCUCCUGGGCCGGCCUGCAAGUGCUCGCCGCCAUCCUCGUCGUCGUCUUCUGCGCCGUCCAGGUCAUGAUCGAGUACCGAGCGGCCGAGGCGCGCGAAGGCAUCCAGCGCAAAUGCUGA